UGCUGUUCCAAUAGGAAAACCUAGUUGUUUUGUAUACCUUAGUUGACCUCUAAACCAUAUCGAUAUUUAUUAGAGGCGAAAGCAAAAUCUUCUCAGUUUGUUAGUGUUAUUCAUUUGCAGUUGAGAAGCAGUAUGGCUGAGCCAAUUCCUACCGAAUAAAUAUACAGAAGAAAGAUAUUGACAAUUGAAAUUAUUAUCAAUAUUAUAUUUGUUCAGAGUUUGCUGUAUAUCCAUUCAAGAGGUGUGAGGCGUGAUUAUGAGCACACCCGCAAACAAACUCAAGUGAACUAAUCUUCAUCCAGUUAGUGAUCCAAAAUCGUUCGCCGAACAUGGAACCCAUAACGAUAAUAUUGGUGACAAUCUUGGUGCUCCUGCUAACGUACGGGUUUCACCUUAUUCGACGGCAGUUACGAUUUUUCAAAGACCAUAAUGUACCGCAUAUAGCAGGGAAUUUCGUUCUUAUAGACAAAACUCAACAUCCGGCAAAUCACUUUUUGCGAUGGUACAAGCAGUCCAAAGGCCAGUAUCCCUUGACCGGAGUUUUCAUGUUCAUCAAACCUAUCGCCAUUCCGCUGGAUUUGGAGCUGAUAAAGCGUAUCUUGGUGAAGGAUUUUCAAUACUUUCAAAAUCGCGGCAUGUACUACAAUGAGAGAGACGAUCCUCUUUCCGCGCAUCUGUUUAGUCUGGAGGGAGCUAAAUGGAGGAGCUUGAGAGCGAAGAUUUCACCCACCUUCACGUCCGGUAAAAUGAAGAUGAUGUAUCCGACCAUGAUGGCUGCGGGGAAGCAAUUUAGUGAACAUCUGGAAGAAAAAAUGUCCGAAGAAAAUGAAUUGGAAAUGCGAGAUUUAUUGGCACGAUUUACGACCGAUAUGAUCGGUACAUGCGCGUUUGGAAUUGAGUGCAACUCGAUGAAGGAACCGAAUUCGAAGUUCCGGGAGAUGGGUCGCAAACAUUUUGAAUCACCACGUAGUGGAUUGAAAGACUUGUUGAAAAUUACCGCUCCUGGAUUGGCACGGUUCUUCGGUGUAACUGAAAUCCUUCCCGACGUUGCCGAGUUCUUCAUGGACGUCGUAAAAAGCACGGUGGAAUAUCGAAUGAAGAAUAACGUAAGGCGAAACGAUUUUAUGGAUCUGUUGAUCGCGAUGCUGGAUGAUGAAACUGAAGGAUCUGAAAGUCUUACAAUAAGCGAAAUAGCAGCACAAGCGUAUGUUUUCUUCAUUGCUGGUUUCGAAACGUCUUCAACUACCAUGACAUGGGCCUUGCAUGAGCUUUCGCGUAAUCCGGAGAUUCAAGAAGAGGGAAGAAAAUGCGUCCAAGAAGUGCUGGAAAAGUAUAACGGUGUGAUGAGCUACGAAGCUAUCAUGGAAAUGACAUACAUCGACUACAUAAUCAACGAAACCCUUCGUCUUUACCCGCCGGUUCCAUUGCAUUUUCGAGUUGUUACUAAGGACUACCCCGUGCCUGGUACAGACACCGUACUUCCAGCUGGAACUUUCACGAUGAUCCCGGUCUACGCCAUCCACCACGAUGAAGAUAUCUUCCCUGAACCGGAGAAAUUCGACCCAACACGGUUCACUCCCGAAGAGGUCAGCAAACGGCACGCCUACGCAUGGACACCAUUCGGUGAAGGACCACGUAUUUGUAUUGGACUGCGCUUUGGAAUGAUGCAAGCUCGUAUCGGAUUGGCAUUGCUGCUGAAUAAUCUCCGUUUCUCGCCAGGACCCAAAUCGUGCACUAAGAUGGAGUUUCAGCCGGAAAAUCUUAUACUCACGCCCAAACAGGGACUUUGGCUUAAAGUCGAGAAAGUUUGAAAUGAAGAAAUUUUGCAAAACCUAGUCAGAUACGAGAAGACAUGUUCAAAACUGCACGUACUACAAGUGCACUUACUAAUAUAAAUGUCUUAUACGCACAUAUGCUAGACUAUAAUAUAACGAUGUUAUGAACUGUUAAACAAAACAUGAGUAAAUACUAACGAACUAUGGAUAUAUCCUA